AUGGUGGGAGUGGCUGUGGUUGGCCAAUGGACUACUCUCUGUGUCGCUUCUUCGCCGUCUUCUUCUUCAUCGCCGCCGGGAAUAAUUUCGGCAAUCCGCAAUUCACACUGUUCUCCGGCCAAAGUUCACUUACGCACUGAGUUGGCCUCAUUUCGUCCUCAGUUCCGUCUUUUCUCUCGCGUUUCCCCGUCCCGCCGCCGUCUUCGCGCUUCCACCUCCGCCGAUUCGGGAAUCUUCCUCCCUCACCUUGUCGCUUCUAUGGAAGUUGAGGAGACUUACAUUAUGGUGAAACCAGACGGCAUACAACGAGGCCUAGUUGGAGAAAUCAUCUCUCGUUUUGAGAAGAAAGGAUUUAAAAUGAUUGGACUGAAGAUGUUCCAAUGCCCAAAAGAAUUGGCUGAGGAACAUUAUAAGGAUCUUAGUGCUAAAUCAUUCUUUCCGAGCCUGAUUGAGUACAUCACUUCAGGCCCUGUUGUCUGUAUGGCUUGGGAAGGUGUUGGUGUUGUUGCUUCAGCCAGGAAGCUAAUAGGGAAAACAGAUCCUCUUCAAGCUGAACCUGGUACUAUAAGAGGAGAUCUUGCUGUACAAACCGGAAGGAACAUUGUGCAUGGUAGUGAUAGUCCUGAAAACGGAAAGCGUGAGAUUGUUAUUCUCAUUCCUGAGUUUUGCUUCGCUUUUGGUUUUCAUCCGUUGACAUUUUGGCUCCUCUUGACAGCUUUGUGGUUCAAAGAAGGCGAGCUAUGCGAGUGGGAUUCGGCUCUAGCUUCAUGGCUAAGGGAGUGA